CCACCCCCACCCCCACCCCCAAAUUCGCGCUACCCCGUGAAGCUUCUUUCCUCCAUUCAGAAUAUUACCGUUCAAAUUUCCAAAUUGAAGCAAGGAAAUUCAGCAUUAAAACAUUAAAGUUUCAAAAGGUUUUUCUUUUGUAGCGUUGAUUACCGAGUUUACAAGUAAGAAGGGAGAACUUUCCAGGUCUAUGGUGGGAGAUUCAUCAACCUCUCUCAACCUCAUCCUCUUGAGUAAGAACAGUAACACAUGGAUUCUCAUUAAUAAAAAGGAGGAGAAGAAAAUAAGGAAGCCCGUGAAAAAAGGGUCCGUUUCUUUCUUCACGGGUCGCUCCUUACUUUCCAGUUCGAAAGGCUUCACACUUUGACACUCCCCCUGAAAAAUAAAAAAUAAAACGCCCAAUAAGAAAUGUAAACACACUUUAGAUUUACACCUAUCGACACCUCCUCCUCAAAUCUAGCCUCUCUUCCUCCAAUUUAGUGGCUUCUUUCUCUCUCUCUCUCUCUCUCGGGUUCGGGUUGUCUGAUUCGGACCCCCAAGAAGAGAUGUCAACCGAGUCGAGCUCUGGUUCUGGUGACCACAGCAUCAAAGGUGUACCAACUCAUGGGGGACGCUACGUUCAGUACAAUGUGUACGGUAACCUCUUCGAAGUUUCUAGAAAGUAUGUGCCUCCUAUACGCCCCAUUGGCAGAGGCGCUUAUGGGAUCGUUUGUGCUGCUGUCAACUCGGAGACACGAGAGGAGGUUGCCAUCAAGAAAAUUGGUAACGCAUUUGACAACAGGAUUGAUGCCAAGAGGACUUUACGAGAAAUUAAGCUUCUUAGGCACAUGGAUCAUGAAAAUGUUAUUGCUAUCAAGGACAUCAUACGACCUCCACAGAGGGAGAACUUCAAUGAUGUUUACAUUGUUUAUGAACUAAUGGACACUGAUCUUCAUCAAAUUAUUCGUUCCAACCAACCAUUAACAGAUGAUCAUUGUCGGUAUUUUCUGUAUCAGUUGUUACGAGGGCUCAAAUAUGUACACUCAGCAAAUGUUUUGCAUCGUGAUCUUAAACCAAGCAAUUUGCUUCUGAAUGCAAAUUGUGACCUUAAGAUUGGAGAUUUUGGGCUUGCAAGGACUACAUCUGAAACAGAUUUUAUGACAGAAUAUGUUGUUACUCGCUGGUACCGAGCUCCAGAAUUGCUUCUUAAUUGUUCAGAGUACACUGCAGCAAUUGAUAUUUGGUCAGUGGGUUGUAUACUUGGUGAAAUUAUGACCAGACAACCCCUGUUCCCGGGCAAAGAUUAUGUUCAUCAGCUGAGACUUAUUACAGAGCUUAUAGGAUCACCUGAUGACUCUAGCCUUGGGUUCCUACGGAGUGACAAUGCGAGGAAAUAUGUGAGACAGCUUCCUCAGUACCCAAGGCAACAAUUUUCUGCUAGAUUUUCCAACAUGUCUACUGGUGCGGUUGAUUUGCUGGAGAAGAUGCUUGUCUUUGAUCCACACAGGCGUAUUACAGUUGACGAGGCUCUCUGCCACCCAUAUUUGGCACCUCUUCAUGAUAUCAAUGAGGAGCCUGUUUGCCCCAGGCCUUUCAGUUUUGAUUUUGAGCAACCAACUUUUACUGAAGAAAAUAUCAAGGAGCUUAUCUAUAGGGAAUCUGUGAAAUUCAAUCCAGAUCCAAUUCAUUGAGGUUUAUGUGCUAAUAUGUUGUAUCAUGUAUGCAUUUCUAAACUGACUGGUUUGGAACAAAUACUAUAUAGGACCCAUCAAGUUCUCCAGGACUAGAAAGAUAAAAGUGCAUGGAGGUUUCAGGUUAUCACUUAAAAAUUCUCGUAGAGAAUCUUUAGCUUUUUCCCUACCCUUGGCAUCUCUUGAUGUUUGUAAUGUCUCAAUGUGCAAAAAGAAACUGAAGCAGAAGUACUGCAAGGGUUUUAUGUUCCAUAGAGUGAGCUUGAAACCCAGUUGGUGCAAUUCCUUCUAUCUCCUGCACAGAGGUUAGUUUUGUUAAGCUACAUUGCCACUGUUAAUUUUCUCUACAUAUUGAAGAGCACAUGUAGAAUAUGGACAAUGGAGGAGUUAGGACUUAAGUGGAAUUCAAUUUGUGUGUCCUCUAGGAUUUUGAUAAAUUUGGCUUUGACCAGAAAAUUUGUCAUUGCA